UUUUCUAAACAAGACAAAGGAAUGUGUUUUUAAGAUCCUGGCGUCAGAGAUAACUUACCAUAGAGAAACAAAUCAAGGAGUGGUAGCGAUAAGUUGUCACAGCUACUGCGAAGGCGGCGAUACAAAAAAUGGAUUCAGAGCGGGAGCUCUAUGAAGGUGCUGAAGUGUCUUUAAAGGAAAACUUGGAAUCAUCGGGAAGCCUACGCAAAGUGAGAGCCGAAGUAAAAUCAGAAAUAAUGAAAGUUUUCGACACUAAUCCGCAGCCACGGGAUAAACCAGAAUUGCCCGAAAGUCUACUACUAAUUAACAGUUUAAUUCAAGAAUACUUGGAAUGGAAUGGGUACAUGUAUACGUCCCAGAUUUUAGCCGACGAGUCCGGAAUGACUAGCAAGACAUACAGUAGGCAGAGUAUGCAGAAAGAACUACAGGUUUCAGAAGACGAAAAUACUCGAAAACUGUUUCCAUACUUUACACUGUAACAACACAACCGUUCAGUGCUAAGGCUUCUCGCCAACUGGAGCUGUAGAGAAGAGGCUACGGAACAAGCCAGUACCUGCCGCAUACCAAUGCUGCCAACUGUUGAAGAGUUAUGAAGAUGGAGGCAUUACUUUUCAGUCAGCCCUCGUAUGUAUUUCAGGUGUCUUCAUACAUGUUGAAAAUGAGAGGUGUUUUAUCAUAUUUCCACAUUUGUUUUGAAUCUGGAAAAUAAAACUGAAUGAGAAUUUGUGUUCCAUCUACUUUGGUGAUUAAACGUCUACCUUCUAUGAGAGUUUUAUUUUUCUAAUUUUUUCCCCUCAUCCAAGUGUUAUUUAGU